UCCACUGCCGCAAUUGCUUAUUUCAGUUGCGAUCGCGGCGCGAGCGAGUCAAGUCCUAAUAUUCGUGAAGCGGCAGUUCCGUUUCGAGCAGACGGGUGGAAAAUUUCUCUCACCGGACCAGACGGUGGUGGAAUCGUAUCGAGAACGCGAACGAAAACCCAAACGGGAACGAAGGGCAGCGGGGCUGCAGUGUUGCUGUCAGUGCCAAAGUUUACAAAGAAUACACACACAAUACAGUGGUUGCAUUUUGCUUUUUAACCCCUGGUUGGUUGAUUGAUUGACAAGAUGACUAAGAACGAUAAUGCAAAUCUGUUGAACGACAACAGACUGGGCACAGCCGGAGCGGGUCAGUUGAAGGCUCAGAUAGUGCCCGCCCAGCCAAAGACGCUCCAACACCUGCCGAAGCGACCAGCGGUGGACCUGGCCUUCCACAACCUAACGUACCGCGUCAAGGAGGGGAACCGGAGCAAUGCCAAGACCAUUCUGAAGGGCGUCAGUGGACGCCUCCGGUCUGGAGAGCUCACCGCCAUAAUGGGACCAUCGGGUGCUGGCAAGAGUACGCUGCUCAACAUUUUGUCUGGCUACAAAACUUCGAGCAUCGAAGGCAGCGUUACCAUGAACGGUGCCGAACGUAACCUAAGCGCAUUUCGCAAGCUUUCCGCCUACAUCAUGCAGGACAAUCAGCUUCACGGAAACCUUACCGUUCAGGAAGCAAUGACUGUGGCAACCAAUCUGAAGCUCAGCAAGAAGUUCUCGAAACCCGAGAAGCAUUCCAUGAUCGAUGACAUUUUGCUCACUCUCAGCCUGAGCGAACACCGCUAUACGAUGACUCGAAACUUGUCCGGCGGUCAGAAAAAGCGGCUCUCGAUUGCCCUGGAACUGGUCAGCAAUCCUCCGAUAAUGUUCUUUGAUGAACCCACAUCCGGCCUGGACAGUUCUACCUGCUUUCAGUGCAUUCAUCUGCUAAAAAUGCUAGCUGCUGGCGGGCGCACUGUUAUAUGCACCAUCCAUCAACCCUCCGCUCGCCUCUUCGAGAUGUUCGACCAGCUAUACACUCUCGCAGAUGGACAGUGCGUCUACCAGGGCAGUACCAAGCAACUGGUGCCCUUCCUGUCUACGCUGAACCUGGAGUGCCCCAGUUAUCACAAUCCGGCCAGCUACGUGAUUGAGGUGUCUUGCGGGGAGCACGGCGACCACACGCGGAAACUGGUCGAUGCCAUUGACAACGGCAAGCGGGACGUUCGUUCAUCAGCGGACUACGCUGGCCUCAAGGCUCGCAAUGAUUUGGUGAAGGUGCAAAACCUUAAGGCCAUUCUGGAUAAGAACGACGCCUCAAGUGUCAGCGGCGGCAAGUACGAGGAGAACCUCACCUUGAACAACGGCUUGCUCAACGGCAUGGUCAACGACAUUGUGAAGGAGAGCAACGUUAGCUCUGCCUUGGUCACCACCAACGAAAAGGGAGAUGCCAUGAUCGAUGUGGAAAAGUCCGUAAACUGCACUACUGCCUUGCUUACGGAGGAGAUAACAUCACCCGAGCGAUAUCCAACUUCUCAGUUCCACCAGUUCUGGGUGGUUCUUAAGCGAACUCUACUCUUCAGUUACCGGGAUUGGACUCUUAUGUAUCUGCGUUUAUUCGCCCAUCUAUUGGUUGGAUUCCUGAUUGGCGCCCUCUACUAUGACAUUGGCAAUGAUGGAGCAAAAGUUUUGAGCAACCUGGGUUUCCUCUUCUUUAACAUGCUUUUCCUCAUGUAUACAUCUAUGACUAUUACGAUCCUAUCAUUCCCGCUUGAGAUGCCCGUUCUGUUGAAAGAAAACUUUAAUCGCUGGUACUCGCUAAAGUCCUACUAUUUGGCUAUAUCAGUAGCUGAUUUACCGUUUCAAGCUAUUUUCUGCGUUAUCUACGUGUCGAUUGUAUAUUACUUCACUUCACAACCGUGGGAGCUAUUCCGCUUCUCCAUGUUCUUGUCGGCCUGCCUGCUCAUCUCAUUCGUUGCUCAGUCCGUGGGUCUUGUGGUAGGCGCUGCAAUGAAUGUCCAGAACGGUGUCUUUCUGGCCCCUGUCAUGUCCGUGCCAUUCCUUCUGUUCUCCGGCUUCUUCGUCUCCUUUGACGCUAUACCAGUAUACUUAAGGUGGAUCACAUAUUUGUCGUACAUACGAUAUGGUUUCGAGGGCACAGCUCUGGCCACCUACGGAUACGGACGUGAAAAACUGAGGUGCUUCCAGACGUACUGCCAUUUUAAAUCACCUAUUACCACACUGGAGGAACUGGACAUGGUUAAUGCUAACUUUACUCUCGACAUUGUGGCCCUGAUUGUGAUCUUCGUGGUGCUGCGCAUCUCGGCAUACCUGUUCUUGCGCUGGAAGCUGAAGACUGUGCGAUAAGCAUACAUACAUACAUUACAUAAUUAUAUUUGUUGUUUUGGCUUUAAUAGCUUUCUAUGUACGUACUAUAUAGUUUCAACAAAGCGUCUUGGGUUCUGUUCUUAAUCAUUAAACAAUUUAUUUUUGUUUAGUUUUUAGUCGCGAUAUUCGUAUUCUAAGUGAUAAUAACGCAAGGAGGUUUCUUAUCUUAAAUCAGCUUGAUUCCAGCCGCAGAUGUAGUAAAACCUAUUCAAACCACUUUUAGCACAUCUUUGAUAUAAGUGAAUCGUAUAAUGAAAUAAGUUAUUGAACAUCAAACCAUUUUUCUAAAUAAAAAUAUUUGAAUACAUUUCAAGGUGUUUUUACCGGAUGGUUUUUUAAGGCUUUCAAUAAAAAACGAACAUAUUUUGUCGUACAUACAAUAUUUAUAUAUACGCAUAUUUUUACUGAAGGUACUACGAGUAUAAGCCCCUUUGUAAUUAUUUUGUAACAUUUCCUUAAUACAGGUUUACAAUAAAUACCUUUGAAUACAUACAAAUGUA